AUGUCUGUUGUAGACUUUAACAUAACGGAGGCGAAAUCCCCCUUAAAUCACGGCAUUGAGAAGGGGGAAAAUAUAAGAUGUCUUGGUUGCUUCUCUUCAUCAAACUCUGUGAAAAAAAUUCGUGUUGGGGUCUGCUGGCUUCUGGUGGAGCUGUGUGAGAGGUUCACUUUCUUCGAAGUCGUCUGCAACGUGAUCCCCUUUUGCACUGCCCAGCUUGGCCACCACAGCCACCAGGCAGCCAUUCUGAACUUGUGCUUUAUCGGAACCUCGAUACUCAGCCCUGUGUUUGCGGGAUGGUUUGCUGAUGUCUGUCUAGGAAGAAGCAAACUGGUAUAUUCUUGCUUAUUUCUGCAUUUUCUAGGCACUGCCUUGUUAUCUGCCGUUGCUUUCCCCUUGGGAGAUUUCUACACAGCCCGCGGCCACGGGCCCCACAGCAUGCCAGCGGAGGCGCGGGCCGGGCUGUUUCACGCAGCGCUGCUGGCCCUGGGCCUGGGCGCGGGAGGAGUCAGGGCCAUCGCCUGCCCUCUGGGCGCUUGCAGCCUCCAGGAGCAUGGCCCACAGAAACCAAUGUCUUGUUUGAACUGGUUUUACUGGCUCAUGAACCUAAAUGCUACUGCAGUCUUUCUAGGAAUAUCUUACAUUCAGCACUCAGGAGCAUGGGUCCUGGUUUUACUUAUCCCUUUUAUGUCUGCACUUAUGGCUCUGAUAACUCUUCAUAUGAUGCAUUGUAAUGUGAUUUAUCAGCCAGAAAAAUGUUGCUCCCUCCUGACCAUCUUUGGGGUGUUUGCUAACGCACUGAGAGCAUGCUGUCUGCGACACUGCCACCUUCGUGGAGAUCUGACGAGCCGGUUAGACCACGCCAAGGAAAAAAAUGGUGGCUGCUACAGUGAGCUCCAUGUGGAAGACACAAAAUGCUUCUGCACCCUUCUCCCUCUCUUCAUUUGGCAGCUUCUUUACAAAAUGUGCAUUAUGCAGAUUCCUUCAGGAUAUUAUCUGCAGACCAUGAAUUCCAACCUGAAUUUGGAUGGAUUUCUUCUGCCAAUUGCAGUAAUGAAUGUCAUCAGCAUGCUACCACUAUUAAUUCUGGCCCCUUGUAUGGAAUAUUUCAGCACCUGGCUAUUUCCCUCUAAGAGAGAUGGACCAUUUCUGUUGGCAUGCAUUCUCGCUGGACAUCUUUCUGCUGCGCUGUCCGUGGCAGCAGCUGGCUUCUUUGAAAUGCACAGAAAACACUUCCCUCCAGUGGAGCAGCCUCUUGCAGGCAAAGUGCUCACCGUUUCCUCCAUGCCCUGCUCCCACCUGGUCCUUCAGUACCUUUUACUUGGAGUGGCUGAAGCCCUGGUCAACCCAGCCUUCUCUAUAAUAUCAUACAGAUUUGUUCCAAGUACCAUCAGAGGAACCCUGACGAAUUUUUUGACCCUGUUCAAUGGAUUGGCUUGUUUCACGGGGGCACUGCUGGUGGAGUUGGUAUAUCUCAUCUCACAAGGCAAUUGGUUUCCAAACACAUUAAACAAAGGCGAUUUAGAGAGCUUCUUCUUCUUCUUGGCAUCAUUAACGUUGUUGAACGCCCUGGGAUUCUGGAGUAUUUCACAAAGAUAUUGUAAUCUAAAUCAUUUUAAUGUCCAGAACAUCAGUGGAAGUCAUCUUGAAGAAACACUUCUCCUCCAUGAAAAGUCUCUGAAAUUUUAUGGCAGUACGCAGGAAUUUUCUUCAAGUAUUGAUCUUUGGGAGACAGCCCUAUGA